UUUAUCAAAUAUAUCAGAUCUUGUUGGUAAUUAUGAUUAGCUUGAAAAGCCGGGAAAAAAGAUGAUGAAGGAUACCUGAAGCUGAAGUAGAUACCGCUUUAAAUAUUUUCUUUGAAGGUUAGAUUUAGUUUGGAAGCAAUAAAAUGGGAGGUGGAUUUAGGGUGCUUCAUCUUGUGAGGCCCUUUCUUGCAUUUCUACCGGAAGUUCAGAGCGCUGACAGAAAAGUUCCAUUCAGGGAGAAGGUCAUUUACACUGUGAUCUCUCUUUUCAUUUUCUUGGUCUGCAGUCAAUUACCACUGUAUGGCAUACACUCUACAACCGGCGCCGAUCCAUUCUAUUGGAUGCGUGUUAUUCUGGCUUCCAACAGGGGAACUGUCAUGGAGCUUGGUAUCACACCAAUUGUGACAUCUGGGUUGGUAAUGCAACUUCUUGCUGGGUCAAAGAUUAUUGAAGUGGACAAUAAUGUACGCGAAGAUCGUGCCCUGCUGAAUGGUGCACAAAAGCUGUUGGGUAUCCUCAUAGCUAUUGGUGAAGCAGUUGCAUAUGUUCUUUCGGGAAUGUAUGGCAGUGUUGGCCAACUUGGUGUUGGGAAUGCCAUUAUUAUUAUCAUUCAGCUAUGCUUUGCUGGUAUAAUUGUGAUCUGUUUAGACGAGCUCCUUCAGAAAGGAUAUGGCCUUGGCUCUGGAAUCUCCCUUUUCAUAGCAACGAAUAUCUGUGAAAACAUUAUCUGGAAAGCAUUCAGCCCCACCACCAUAAACAGUGGCCGAGGAGCUGAAUUUGAAGGUGCUGUUAUUGCGUUAUUCCAUCUAUUGAUAACUCGAACAGACAAGGUUCGUGCUUUACGAGAGGCCUUCUAUCGUCAGAAUCUGCCGAAUGUGACAAAUCUGCUUGCUACAGUCUUGAUCUUCUUAAUAGUUAUCUACUUUCAAGGGUUUCGUGUGGUUCUGCCUGUAAGGUCAAAAAAUGCUCGUGGGCAGCAGGGUUCUUAUCCAAUCAAGCUGUUCUACACUUCUAACAUGCCCAUCAUUUUGCAGUCUGCACUAGUAUCCAACCUUUACUUCAUCUCUCAGUUGCUCUAUAGGAAGUAUGGUGGGAAUUUUAUUGUAGAUCUUUUGGGUAAGUGGAAGGAAUCUGAGUACAAUGGUCAAUCUGUCCCUGUUGGUGGCAUUGCAUAUUAUAUUACACCACCAUCAAGCUUAGCUGAUAUGGCGGCCAAUCCUUUCCAUGCACUGUUCUAUCUUGUAUUCAUGUUGUCAGCUUGUGCACUCUUCUCAAAAACUUGGAUUGAAGUUUCUGGAUCAUCUGCCAAAGAUGUUGCCAGGCAGCUUAGGGAGCAACAAAUGGUUAUGCCUGGUCAUAGGGAGGCUAACUUGCAGAAAGAGUUGAACCGUUACAUACCCACAGCUGCAGCAUUUGGAGGCAUGUGCAUUGGUGCUCUGACGGUGCUGGCCGAUUUCAUGGGUGCAAUUGGUUCAGGGACGGGGAUUCUUCUUGCUGUCACCAUCAUUUAUCAGUACUUUGAGACAUUUGAGAAGGAGAGGGCUAGUGAACUUGGUUUCUUUGGUUUCUAAGCUACAAGCACGUUGAUGGCGCCAACAAGCUCCCCGGGAGUUUGGCUCGCUUAGUGUAUGUAGUUUUUUUUUUCUCUUGAUACCAAAGCUUUGAGGUUAGAUUUUAGAGUAGUUUCUUAAAAUUAUGAGUGACCUCAAGUGGUACUUGAAGUACCUCUGUUCUGUACUGCACUAUCAAUGGUUGCAUGCCUCAUUGGAUCUAUAAGGCUGCAAUACUCCUGGAUCGUUUGGAUUUUAGGUUUUAUUGGUCGAAGUAUUUCAAGAAUUAAUGUCAGGAAUUUUGCACUCGUCUGUUGGCUCUCAUUAUUGGCAUGUGAGUGUGAUCUCGGUGUUCAGCAUGGAAAAGAGUAUUGGAUACAUUUC